AUCUGAUCGCCGGCGACAUCACUCGGGAGACCAGCCCGGCGCGUGGCCCCUGCAGGCGAGGCGACGAGGCCAAGCCCAUUCCUUCCCUGAGCCCCUGCGAUCUUCCCCGGCCCUCGAGCCUGCAGCAGGCACAGGCUAGCCCCGGGUCGUACGGACAGUAAGUGCGUUUCGAAGGCUGUGUCCUCGGCCCACACUCAAGCCUUCUAAACCUCCUGUCCGUCGGUCGGUCCUGCACACUGCAACGAUGCCUGCCCCUUUGGAGACCUGCCUCUCUGAUCUUGACUGCGCCAGCAACAACAGCAGUAGUGACCUGUCCAGCUUCCUCACCGACGAGGAGGACUGUGCCAGGCUCCAGCCACUAGCCUCCACCGUAGGGCUGUCCGUGCCAGCCCGCAGGAGCGCGCCCACCCUCUCCGGGGCAUCUAAUGUUCCCGCUGCCCAGGACGAAGAGCAGGAGCGGCGGCGGCGGCGAGGUCGCGCGCGGGUGCGGUCCGAGGCACUGCUGCACUCCCUGCGGAGGAGCCGUCGCGUCAAAGCCAACGAUCGCGAGCGUAACCGUAUGCACAACCUCAACGCUGCGCUGGACGCGCUGCGCAGCGUGCUGCCCUCGUUCCCCGACGACACCAAGCUCACCAAGAUUGAGACGCUGCGCUUUGCCUACAACUACAUCUGGGCCCUGGCUGAGACACUGCGCCUUGCAGAUCAAGGGCUCCCCGGGGGCGGUGCCCGGGAGCGCCUCCUGCCUCCGCAGUGUGUCCCCUGUCUACCCGGGCCCCCGAGCCCGGCCAGCGACACGGAGUCCUGGGGCUCCGGGGCCGCUGCCUCCCCAUGCGCCACCGUGGCGUCACCACUCUCUGACCCCAGUAGUCCCUCAGCUUCAGAAGACUUCGCCUAUGGCCCCGGUGACCCCCUUUUCUCCUUUCCUGGCCUGCCCAAAGACCUGCUCCACGCGACGCCCUGUUUCAUCCCGUAUCACUAGGCCUUUGUAAGGCAACAUCAAUACUUCCUUCCUCCCCUAGUCUAAGAGCAAUAGAUGGGGAACCGUCUGAAGCCUCGUGGACCACCCUUAACCCCAAGUGAAUGCUGGGAGCUUUAAAGGGGGGGGGUGGAUGGGGAUACCUGACAACUUGUUAGGUUGCUGCACCCUCGCUGAAGCUGCCCCUCGGUCUGUUUCUCCACCACCAGCACCGAGGGCGCCCCCCCCCCCCCCCCCCGGCGGGUGGGGGUUUUUUUUUUUUUUUUUUUUUGCACUUUCUGAACUUCACAAAACCUCCUUUGUGACUGGCUCAGAACUGACCCCAGCCACCACUUCAGUGUGUUUUGGAAAAGGGACAGAUGAGCCCCCGAAGACGAGGUGAAAAGUCAAUUUUACAAUUUGUAGAACUCUAAUGAAGAAAAACGAGCAUGAAAAUUCGGUUUGAGCCGGCUGACAAUACAAUGGAAAGGCUUAGAAAGGAGCCACAAGGAGUGGGCUUCAUGCAUUAUGGAUCCCGACCCCCGCCACUGUGGGCUUGCUCCAGGAAGAACC